CGCCUGGCAUUCGAUUUAUAGAAUGUAGAUGUAGAGUCGUAAUCAAAAUCUAAAUUAACAUUAUUAGUUGCGUUCUCCCAACUUCCACUCGACUUUUUUGUUUCGUGCGUCGCGUCGUCGUUCGUCUUGUUUUUUUUUUCUUUUUUUACUCCCGGUUCCCUUCCCGAUAUUAUACGCUGUGAUCGAAUUUUCUAUAAUUUAUAUCUUUGGCUUUGCUUUAUUUUGGUUUUUAUUAUUUUUGUUUUUGGUUCGGUUUGUUCCAAUAGCUUACUGCAAUUGAUACGAGACGAUGAUGCUGAGAAGUGGAUUGAAAACAUAUCAAAGGAAGGUUCUUCAAGAACUUUCGAGGUCAUAUAAGACAAGUGGAAUCCCAGAAUUGACACAGGAACGGCAUAAUGUAAAGAGGGGCAACUACGCAGUUCUUACUGAUAAAGAUGUUGGAUUUUUUGAAUCUGUUGUUGGAUCAAAUCACACUGUGAAAGAAAAAGACGAACUUCAAUCAUACAACGUGGAUUUCUUGAGGAGUGUUAGAGGCGACAGUCAACUCGUUUUAAAACCUGGCUCCGUCGAAGAAGUCUCAACAAUUCUCAAAUACUGCAAUGAUAAUAAAAUUGCCGUAUGUCCGCAAGGAGGAAAUACCGGUCUAGUUGGAGGAUCAGUUCCAGUUUGUGAUGAAAUUGUUCUUUCACUUCAACGUUUGAAUAAGGUUAUAAGUAUUGAUGAAGUAACUGGCAUCGCAGUCUGUGAAGCUGGUUGCAUUUUGGAUACUCUGGAAAAUCAUGCCAGAGAAGUAGGUUUGGUAGUGCCAAUAGAUUUGGGAGCAAAACAAAGUUGUCAUGUUGGUGGAAAUCUGUCAACUAAUGCAGGUGGUCUUCGUGUGCUGAGAUACGGAAAUCUUCAUGGUUCAUGCUUAGGUGUUGAAGCAGUUUUAGCGAAUGGACAAGUUCUAGACUUGAUGUCAGACUUCAAGAAAGAUAACACCGGAUAUCAUCUCAAACAUUUGUUCAUUGGUUCGGAAGGAACUUUGGGUAUAAUAACCAAGCUAGCACUACUUUGCCCGCCAGCACCAAAAGCUGUACACGUGGCAUUCUUAGGAAUUUCAUCAUUUGACGAUGUUCUAAAGACGUUUGUUGCAGCUAAAAGACAUUUGGGUGAAAUACUUUCUUCAUGUGAAAUGCUAGAUGCAGCCUCUUUAGCAGCAAGUUUGGAACAUUUUGAUGCAAAAUUACCAAUAGACGGAUAUCCCUUCUAUAUGCUCAUUGAGACUUCUGGCAGUAACGAGAUACACGAUGAAGAAAAAAUGAAAAAUUUUCUUGAAAUUGGUAUGGAAAAUGGUGAAAUCUGUGAUGGUACACUUACAAAUGAACCAAGUAAAGUGCGUGAUAUAUGGAAACUGCGUGAGCAAACUCCUAUGGCCUUAAUAAAAGAUGGAUAUCUAUAUAGUUACGAUAUUUCUGUGCCCCUUCGACGAUUCUAUGAAAUUGUUCCUGUGAUGGAGAAGAAACUUGGAAAGAUGGCUCGUCGAGUGUGUGGAUUCGGGCAUUUGGGUGAUUCAAAUCUGCAUUUAAAUGUAACCGCUAAAGAAUACAGUGAAGAAUUAACGAAGGCAAUCGAACCAUUUGCAUAUGAAUACACUUCAGAUUUGAAAGGAAGCGUUAGUUCUGAACAUGGCAUUGGUUUUUUGAAGAAAAAAUAUUUAAAAUUUUCAAAACCGCAAAAUGCUAUUGAUAUGAUGAAAGACAUAAAAAAGCUAAUGGAUCCAAAUGGUAUUCUCAAUCCAUACAAGGUGUUGUAGGUAACACUAUUAACUUUUAAUUAACUUGAAAUUAAAAAAAAACUGGUUGUAUUAUCUGUAGAUAAUAUUUCAUUUAUUUUUAAUAGGUGGAAAACAUAUACAUUGUUAUGUAUAGCAUAUAAAGUUACAAACCUUUAUAUU